CUAAUCGAGUUGGUCCUCAGCGGCAGAUCAGCCCCCAAGUGUCUCAAAGAUCCCCAAAUUUUCCGCAUUAAGGUCCGAAGCUUCAAUCGAAUAGUCUCGGAAGCUAUUAAGUGCCGGUAGAAUCAUGCGCUGCCACGAGAAGGGUGGUUGGGUCCGUCCACUGAAUGGUUGUUUUGCCCAUGUUUUGACCCUUCGGUUUGAACGCUUGUUCGUCUCAACUUGCAUCCCUACCCUGACCGCCCUAUAUUAUCGUCUCCUAUACCCCGGUCACGGCCACGGCCUUCGGGAAGACCGAUCUUUACAUCUGCUACUGCAGAUCAACGACAUGGCAUCUAAUCUGGGACAUCAUACAGGCAUAGUCUACGCGAGGCAAAAGAUUCAAUAGACCUCUGUGCCAAGAAGAUAUAUUGCGCAGCCAGUUCAGUUGCGUGACUAGGAUAUUCUUUCUAUGGUGCUACAUGAUUUACUUCCCGACGUCGGCUACUAA